UAGUUGGAACCCUGUGAUUGGUUAAUAUAUACUGGGACGUCAAGGACGCUUCAAAUAACAGUUCCCUGGAAGCAGAAAUCUUGGUGGAGGAUAAGAAGAGGGAAGUUACAUGAACAUUUACAACUCAGCGAAAUCAUGGCAAGGAGACAAGAAGUUGACUCAGAUCUCAGUGAGAUUGUGAGAAAUCUCUGGGCUUUGGACCGCAACCGCCUCAGACCAGGGUCUGAUUACAUCAUCUCACCCCAGGGCAGAGCCGGCUACGUGGCUCAGGGGAGCAACUACGCCACGGACAGAGCCCAGGCUCCGCUCUUCACCUACGUCGAUGAGGCCAAACUCAGGAGCAUCGAAACAUACGCUCACUUCAUCAACUUGCUGGACAACUACGAGACGUCCACCGGCGUGUCAGAGACGGUCACUUCAGAGGAGCUUCAGGAGAACAGACUGUUUCUCGACGCAAUAAUGGAGACGGAUGUCAUGAUGUCUGCUCACCAGUAUCUGAUAGAGAAGGGCAAGUCACCGAUGGAUCCUGCACAGUUCAAAAAUCAGCUGUUUGACAUCUGGUUCCGCCUUUACCACCGGGACAGAAGUGGAGGUGAAGAUUCUUGUGGAUUUGAGCAUGUGUUUGUUGGAGAAACUAAGAAUGGUAAGAAGAUAAUGGGUCUGCACAACUGGGUCCAGUUCUACCUGCAGGAGAAACACGGCCAUGUUGACUAUAAAGGCUUUAAAGCAAGAAACAACAAGAAGACACCUGAUGAGGACGACCAUGUCCUGAAGCUUCAGUUCAGCUGGAAAGGUUUAGUCAAACCAAUCGGCAGCUCCUUCAUCGGCGUCAGUCCAGAGUUUGAGGUCGCUCUGUACACCAUCGUCUUCCUGAUGUCCACUGCAAAGACCACGUCUGUGUUGGUGGAGGUGAACGCAUACGUGCUGGAGCUGGUCGUCUAUCGUCACGGCAGAUCCAUCGGCUCGUCUUACCCUAAACUGGUCAGUGGUAGAGAUGAAUGAAUUUUAGAUCUUUUUUUUUUCUAAAGUGCCAGAAAAAGAAAUGCUACCUAUGCUUUGCAAAUUUUCUUGAAAACAAUUCCAUGUAUUCUUAUCCAGCCAAUAUGUAAUAGCAUAUAAAUUAAUGUAUAUUAAAUAUUUUGUAACACGCUGUUGGUGUGUGUUUUUUAAGUCUUAUAAUUUAACAUAAAGAGCAGGAGAACCUCCUUUAAGGCCAUGUAAUCCAAUGUAAGAUGUUUGCGGGGUUUCUGCACCUCAGUUUUAACUGACAGGUAAAACCUCACAGGCAGCUCUGCGCAGAAAGUAAAUUGCUGUUUUCAGUUUCCUGUUUCAAUACAAAAAAUUUAAAAAUCAUUUAAACUAAUUAUUUUAAACUGAAAAAUAAAUCAAGCUGUCAGUUACAA